AUGCAAGAGUCUAAGUGCUUCAGUGAUGGAGACGGGGUAGAGUGGUUUAGUCAGAGCAAAUGCACUGAUGAGAAGAUGACAAAAAGGGAUGCUAAGGUUCUCCUAAGGAUAUCCAAGGAAGUGAAAAUCAAGCCCAGACUGAAAAUAAGAAGGAAGAGCGUUUCCUUUGCUGAUGAUGUCAUAGUGUAUCUAUAUGAUAAGGACAGUCCCACGGUUAGGAUGGACCCAGACAGCAGCUCCUCUUCAAAUCCUCUCACAGAAGUCCUGCAUGAUGACAAUAGCCUGGAGUGGGAGGAUGACUUUUUAGCUUUGGAGAAAAACUGUCAUCCUCAGACUCAUCUGGAGCCUUUCACCUUCAGGUCUGCCAACGCAACCAUUCCCAAGCGCCAGAGUCUGGUCCUGUCUCAAAACUACCAGCGGAGGGACCUCAACUCUGAUUUAAAGGUUUUUGGACUUUUCAAAGGGACCACGAUGAAGUCCAGAGCAAAAGCUGGAAAGUUGACCUCAGAGCCCUGGUCUGACCCAGAGCCAGAGCUGGAGGCAGACACUGAGGCAGCAUCCAGUGAACCGGAGGGCUCAGAAGACUCCUGGAGAGGCUCCUUGAGAAGUGGUGGCCCCAAACGAGGAGGCCGGAGGAGGAAGAGAUCACACGGCACCAGCUCAAAGGAACGCAGCGUCCGACGUCUAGAAAGCAACGAGAGGGAACGACAGCGUAUGCACAAACUCAACAACGCGUUCCAAGCCCUGAGAGAAGCCAUCCCACACGUGAAGACGGACAAGAAGCUGUCCAAAAUCGAGACCCUCACACUGGCUAAGAACUACAUCAAAGCCCUGACCACAAUCAUUCUGGACAUGUCAGGAGCCUGCUCCCCCAACAGUGCCGAGCAGGCAGACAGCAACGCGGCCAAACUGCUGCAGUGUUAUCAGCAGCACCUGGAGGAAGAGGGAGAGGAAGAUCUCACACAGUACCUCACUCAAAUACACCGCAGCCUCAGCCAGGACAGCUAA